UUUUAUCCAACAUUUGAAGAGAGAGAGAGAGAGAGAGAGAGAGAGAGAGGAGCAUUGUGUUUCUUCCUUCCUUCGCCCGUUUUCUGGAAACUCAUCGACGGAGAAGAGAGAAGCAUUCUGUUCGGAAAAUUCGCAGAUCUCCGAGUCACCAGAAGAAUUCAAGCUGUCACUGUACGAAGAAGGCGACGCGAUUUGAAGUACACACAGAGAUGUUGCCCACAGCUUCCAGAGGGCGCUCCUCGUCCUCUACAUCUCGAGCUAAUCCCAUGUAUCUACAGUACCUUCGUCGAAUUGUCAAGUGGCAACAAAUGGACAUCGAAUAUACAUUCUGGCAAAUGCUUCAACUAUGCACUUCACCGAAAGUUGUCUAUCAGCAUACCAAGUAUCACAAGCAAACUAAGAAUCAAUGGGCACGUGACGAUCCUGCUUUUGUUGUGAUUUGCAGUCUUCUUUUGGCAGUUGCAACUUUGGCUUACUGUGCUGCAUAUGAUCAUAGUGCAUCACAUGCCACCUUUGUUGUUAUUUCAGUACUGCUCUCUCAUUUGCUAAUAACUGGGGCGAUUUUGGCUACUUGUUGUUGGUUAUUAACAAAUGCUUACCUUCGGGAAGAGACACCAGGCAGUCACGUAGUUGAGCAACCGGUUGAAUGGCUCUAUGCAUUUGAUGUGCACUGCAAUUCUUUCUUCCCAAUGUUUGUUUUGCUUUACGUGAUCCAUUAUUUCAUAUCACCGCUUCUGGUGGCCCAUGGCUUCAUUCCGAUAUUGCUAUCAAAUAUACUUUUCAUGAUUGGGGCUUCGUAUUACCAUUACGUCAACUUUUUAGGUUACGAUGUACUGCCAUUUUUGGAGAAAACUACGUUCUUCCUCUAUCCAAUUGGUGUGGUCUUUGUUCUUACUCCAAUCUUUAUCUUGAUUGGCUUCAACCCAUCAAGAUAUUUCAUGAAUAUGUACUUCAGUCGGAACUUAUAAUCUCGAGUUACGGAUUCGGCUACACAUACCUUGAGGAGGAGGCGCAGGAUUGAUAGAUCAAAGAUUUAUUUUUCACUUGCAUCUUGAAAAGAAAUGAGGAAGUGUGUGGGUAGAUACAGCCUCAGUUGCUAAUUUUUCAGGCCAUUGGUGAGCGAUAUCAGGAAGUGUAGUGCAUCAGAGGGCUGCAAGUGAGUUGACGCGGCUGAAUUUUUGUUUGAUGAAAUAGAUGAUAUUUGUUGGAUGUAAUGAUUUUUAGGUGAUACAUUGUUUGCAGUUUACACAAAGCACUUGAAAAGAAAAUUAAUUCCAUCUGCCUUUCUGAAUGUGUUUGUCAAUGUGCAGAGAGAGACCUUUUAUUUAGAU